AUAUUAAUUCUACCCACAGUCGAACAAGUCCCAAUAGAUGAUUUCACCCUCCCCCUCUCCCGCGCCGAAAUCCUCAUCCCAGGAUCCGACCUAACACUCCUAACAUGGGGUACCCUCGUCUACCACUGUGAAUCUGCCCUCCGUCUCCUCAACUCUCCACCACCCUCACUCGCACCCCUCGUCCCUCCAUCCCUUCGCACCGCCAAAGUCGAACUCAUCGACCUCCGAACGAUAUUGCCGUGGGACGUAGAAACAAUCGUAGAGAGCGCGCGCAGGACGAAGAGACUUGUUAUUGUGCAUGAGGCAGGUAUGACGGGCGGUGUUUGGGAUGAGAUUGCUGCUGAGAUCGGGAAGAGAGCUUUGUUGAGGCUGGAGGCGCCUGUGAGCAGGAUUACGGGGUGGGACAUUCCAGCUGCGCUGCAGUUCGAGAAAUUCUACAUGCCAGAUGCAGUUAGGAUUUUGGAUGGGAUAAUGAAGACGCUCAGUUACUGA